ACCCCCAUCUCACCAACCCAAGAGCGACCGAGGAGGCGGAGAAAACUAGAGAGCCAUGGCCGCUUCCUCCUCCGUCACCGCCGCCCAGGCACUCGUUGGCCGCGCCAUCUCCGGCCACCCCUCCCCCUCCCCUUCCCCCUCUCAGCCGGACCGCCUCGCCUUCGGACUCAGCUCCCUUGCCGACCGCGCCCUCAAGUCCUUCCGCCUCCAGAACCGCCGGCUGCAGGCCGCCCCCCGGCCCCGCCGCGCCACCGUCACCAGGGCGGCGGCGGUGGAGACGCUGGAGGGGAAGGCCGCCACGGAGGCCCUGGUGGACAAGUCCGUCAACACGAUCCGGUUGCUGGCCAUCGACGGCGUUGAGAAGGCCAACUCCGGCCACCCUGGCCUUCCCAUGGGGUGCGCCCCCUUGGGACACAUCCUCUACGACGAGAUCAUGCGCUACAACCCCAAGAAUCCCUACUGGUUCAACCGCGACCGCUUCGUUCUCUCCGCCGGCCACGGGUGUAUGCUUCAGUACGCCCUGCUCCACCUCGCCGGAUACGAUAGCGUCAAGGAGGAUGAUUUGAAGGCUUUCCGGCAGUGGGGAAGCAAAACUCCUGGUCACCCAGAGAAUUUUGAAACUCCUGGAAUUGAAGUCACUACUGGUCCUCUUGGUCAGGGUGUCGCAAAUGCUGUUGGAUUGGCACUUGCUGAGAGGCACCUAGCUGCCCGUUUCAAUAAGCCUGACUUGGAGAUCGUUGAUCAUUACACGUAUGUUAUAGCUGGUGAUGGUUGCCAAAUGGAGGGCAUUUCUAAUGAAGCUUGUUCUCUUGCUGGGCACUGGGGCUUAGGGAAGCUGAUUGCCUUUUACGAUGACAAUCACAUCUCCAUUGACGGAGACACGAAGAUUGCAUUUUCAGAAGAUGUAAAUGCCCGUUUCGAGGCUCUUGGCUGGCACACGAUCUGGGUGAAGAAUGGUAAUACAGGCUAUGACGAAAUCCGUGCUGCGAUUAAGGAAGCAAAGGCUGUAAAAGACAAACCCACACUGAUCAAGAUAACAACUACCAUUGGUUAUGGGUCACCCAACAAGGCGAACUCACACAGCGUACAUGGGAGUGCAUUGGGUGCUAAGGAAGUUGAGGCAACCAGGAAGAACCUUGGAUGGCCUUACGAGCCUUUUUUUGUGCCUGAAGAUGUGAAGAGUCAUUGGAGCCACCAUGUCCCAGAAGGUGCUGCUCUUGAAGCUGAAUGGAAUGCUAAGUUUGCAGAGUAUGAGAAGAAAUAUAAAGAGGAUGCUGCAGAGCUGAAGCGUAUCAUAUCAGGAGAACUGCCUACUGGAUGGGAGAAGGCUCUUCCGACAUACACAACUGAAAGUCCUGCAGAUGCGACUAGAAAUCUAUCUCAGCAGUGCCUGAAUGCUCUUGCUAAAGUACUUCCUGGAUUUCUAGGAGGUAGUGCUGAUCUUGCAUCCUCCAACAUGACAUUGCUGAAGAUGUUUGGUAACUUCCAAAAGGACACACCUGAGGAGCGGAAUGUUCGUUUCGGUGUUAGGGAACAUGGGAUGGGUGCCAUAUGCAAUGGCAUUGCCCUCCACAGCCCGGGCCUAAUCCCCUACUGCGCUACCUUCUUUGUCUUCACGGACUACAUGAGAGCUGCCAUAAGGAUCUCAGCUUUGUGCGAAGCAGGAGUCAUCUAUGUGAUGACACAUGAUUCGAUUGGUCUUGGAGAAGAUGGGCCCACCCAUCAGCCUAUCGAGCAUCUGAUUAGUUUCCGAGCCAUGCCCAACAUUUUGAUGCUGCGUCCAGCUGAUGGGAAUGAGACUGCUGGGGCAUACAAAGUCGCAGUUCUCAACAGGAAGAGGGCAGCAAUUCUUGCUCUCUCCCGUCAGAAGCUUCCUCAACUUUCAGGAACAUCGGUUGAAGGAGUUGAGAAGGGAGGAUAUAUUAUUUCAGACAACUCAUCCGGUAACAAACCAGAUCUCAUUAUUAUGAGCUCUGGCUCCGAAUUGGAGAUUGCUGCCAAGGCUGCAGAUGAAUUGAGGAAGGAGGGGAAAACAGUCAGAGUUGUGUCACUUGUCAGCUGGGAGUUGUUUGAUGAGCAAACUGAUGAGUACAAGGAGAGUGUCCUCCCUGCUGCCGUCGCUGCUAGGAUCAGUAUCGAAGCAGGAUCCACGCUGGGGUGGGAGAAGUUCGUCGGAACCAAGGGCAAGGCUAUCGGGAUUGACCGGUUUGGGGCAAGUGCUCCUGCUGGGCGGAUAUACAAGGAAUUUGGUAUAACAGCAGAGAAUGUCAUUGAAGUAGCCAGAUCUCUAUAAGAUUAUCUUGUCUGUGGUCCCUCCCUUCUCAUGGUUACACAGAGAACCUAGAUUCCGGAGCUUCCCUUCUGGGAGUUAGAGGACACUGGUGGGGAAGAAGCCAGCUUUGGCAGAUUGAGUCUGGCCUUUGGCCUGCAAUAAAGCCCCUCAUAUUUCCUCGAACUUUUUCUAUUUUUUCAUGAAGUUGAGUCUUCUUCGUGGUCUGUUUGAAUGAAACAGUAGCAUCUGAUGGUUGCAUCAGUCUGUAUGUUGUUAUUCUAUUAAAUUUUGAACUGCUUGUUAGAAAAAUCUUCUGAGAUUAAUUCUGAAUCUUCUACUUUUUAAACC